AUGUUUCGCCGCACGCUUGCAUCUACUGAUUGCUCACCUGGAUACGGCUCAAGAACGUCGUUAGCGUCACUCACGAAACUUGAGAACGUCUUGGAUGACAUUGGCGAGGAAAUGAAAAGAGUGGAAAAGAUGCUAGGGUCUGCACGUCCAUUGAAGACAGGCCAUGUAAUUAUUGACAUUCCUUAUGCGUCAUCUCCUCAAGGCAUCAAAUACUUUACUGUUAUUGGUCCACACAUUGAUUGCAUGGAAGAGAAGUACCUGAGUCCUCUUUCCGGACAGGACCGCAAGACGACCUGCUGUUGGUGCUGCAGGCGAGGUGCUCUAGCAUUAAGAGUGGUGCUUGAUCGUACUGCUUAUGUAUGCGGGGAGAACAUUCGAGUCAGAGCACAGGUAGAGAAUCGACAAUCCACCCAACAACUGAUCUCAAUCAAAUUGAUCCAACACGUCGAGUUCUUUAUCGACAAAGGCGUUCUAGGAGAGAGCAAGGCGGUCACAUGCGUGGUUUUUGACCACAAAUCGCCUUCCAUCACUCCUAAUUCACAAGGGAAAUACGACUCAACUUUGGAGCAACCUAUACGUUUACCGGUGGUACCGCCUACGCUCAUAGGAAUUUGUCGUCUUCUGCAAAUAUACUACAUCCUCCGGAUAUGUCUUGUUGAUGAAAAAGGAAACGAAAGUCUUCAUUUGGAGUUCCCACUGACAGUCGCUACCGUACCCUAUCGGAUACCCAACGCACCACAACCGCCGAUUGAAUACGAUUUCUGUGCGAACCACGUGGAAGGGGGAAAAUACGUAUCUCCGGAGUUCAGACUUGGACAAGUGUAUGAUGGCGAGAUUAACGAAGAAUGUAGAGAGGAAGAGAUAGUCUUGUAUCGUCCAGUGUAUGCGAGAUUGGCAGAACGACGAAUUGUUUCUCCACAUCCAACGAAAGAGCUUCGCUCUGGAUCGUUCACUCGCAUUGCGGACAGCAGUCAGUCAAUGAUCACCGAAUCGAACGGAAGACGUCGCAGCAUUAUCAUCUCCUCUCCAGUAAUGAACGAGCAACGAGAAACGAGGCUUCAUUCACAGUUGAGCCUAAAAAUGGAGGGAGACGACGACGUCACCAACCCUCUGAUCGGGAAAAUUGCCUGA